GCAAGAAAAGAUAGACCACUGUGGUGCUUCAGCAGAUGACCAUGUGAUGGAAUGAGCCAAGGAUGAUGGGAUCCCGGAUCAAGGAAAACCCUCGGAAAAUAUUUGAUCUGUUCUUUGAAGCUGCCUGUCCAACGCUUGCAGAUGAUGAUCCUCAAGUGCUUAGACAGUUCCCUCCGGAGUUCGAUGACCAGGAAACAGUUCAGAUGCUGCCCAAGUUUUGCUUCCCCUUUGAUGUCGAAAGGGUUAAGGAGAGCCCCACGAUCCAACAUUUCACUUUUGUACUCACCGAUAUGGACGGAAAGCAACGCUUUGGUUUCUGCCGCUUGGCCGUGGCCUUCCGCACCUGCCUGUGUAUCCUCAGCUACAUACCCUGGUUUGAAAUUUUCUACAAGAUCUUGAACUACAUCGCAGACAGCUUGGCCAAGCAGCAGUUCACAGAGCUGGAUGUGUUCUUGUCGGCACUUUAUCUCCAUCCUGUGCCUGACCUCAGCAGCCCCAUCAGCCUUGAAUUUGAUCUAAAGAUGACCAAAUUGAAAAUUUCCACUGAGAAGGAUCCGAACAAACAAGACAAGAGCAGGGAUCUGGACUCUGGGACUGCAUCAGUUUAUUUCAUUGCCCCUGACCAAGGCAAACUCCCCACCAUCCCUGAAAGUAGGAACCUGACAGAAUUUGUUGUGGCCGUGGAUGCAAACAACAUGUUGCGCCUGUAUGCGAGCCUGCUCCACGAGCGACGGAUCCUGCUCACCACCAGAAAACUCAGCACGCUCACAGCCUGUGUUCAGGCCUCCCUCUCCAUGUUGUAUCCCAUGCACUGGCAGCACAUCUACAUCCCGGUGCUGCCUUCGCACCUCCUUGACUACUGCUGUGCCCCCAUGCCCUACCUCAUAGGAAUCCACACCAGCUUCAUGGAGAGAGUGAGGAGCAAGGCCCUGGAAGAUGUCGUCAUUCUCAACAUCGACAGCAACACCUUUGAAUCGCCCUUCCAGGACCUGGAAAACCUCCCAAGUGAUGUAGUCUCUCUGUUGAAAUUCCAGUUGAAGAAACAGACGGCGACCACUGGGGAUGGAGUCGCCCGAGCUUUCCUUAGGGCACAGGCACUGCUGUUUGGCAGCUACCGUGAGGCUCUCGUUUGCAACCCGGGAGAGCCCAUCUCCUUUUGCAAAGACACCUUCUUGCAACAAGGUUCCAGUGCCAUGCAGGCUUUCCUCCAGCGGGCUGUGCACCUGCAGCUCUUCAAGCAGUUCGUAGAUGACCGCCUGGAGAAGCUGAAUGCAGGGGAGGACUUCUCUGACCUCUUUGAGCAGGAGAUCAACAGAAGCCUGUCCCCAGGUAGCAUGCAUUCCUAUCAGCUAUGGGUGGAGAACUUAAAGAAAGGUGGAGGAGCCCUGAUAAGUACCGUGAAAAACAAGGCCAAUCCAGCUGUCAGGAAUGCAUAUCAAUAUGCCAAAGGCCAUGCCAAAACGCAGCUGAAGAAUAUGCGGAGCCGUCUCAUGGAAAAGGAUUCCAGUAAAGGCCCUCAUCGACAGCGAGGGCAUUCCUCGAACUGUGACCUUAUCUCCAGCCCCAUCCUGCCCACCAGGAAUAGCCAGUCUGAGAGCUUGCAAAGCCGGCUGCCCAUCACCCAGCACUUUGGGAAGUCUCGACCCAGGCGACCACAAAGACAGAGAAGCAGUACAGAAUUGGAGGCACAAAGGGACGUUUCCAACUCUUCCAGCUCAAGCUCGCUGGAUUGUUCUUUUGAGCCUGGAGAAACUGAAAAUCUGCACCCGGGUUUCCUGGAUACAGGUGGGAUUGAUCUCUUAGGUGAAAUCUUUGAGACUCUAAACUUGCUGGAGCCGAGCCAAGCCCAGCGGCCACUCUAUGGGACGCGGAGCCUGGACUUCUGCAACCUAGAAGAGAGAAACUUCUAUACUAAGCUGAGGCCCAGCAGGAACACACUUCAUGAACCCCUCUCCGAGGAAAAGGAUGUUGAUAAUGAUGAUGAUGACUCAUUGUCCGAGGGCACCCUGCUCCCAGCCUCUCCGGAUCAGGAGCAUGUGCAGAGUGCUCUGUUAGCGUCCACCAGAGCAGCAGAAAAUAGCUGUGAGAAGUGGGACCGUGACAUCCCUGAACCCGAAGAGAUUCCUUGCCCUGAGAGGUCAGCCGUUCCAUCGCAAGGGGAAACAGCAGUUGUUACCGCUGGCUAUGAGCUGCCACAAGUGGCAUGGACCCGGAAUAUAGACCACGAGAACUCCAGCACAAAUGAAAAUGGAACUGAAAGCUGCCCUGAGGUGGAGUCCGGACAGGAGACUAGGACUGACCAGAUGCUCCAACUCACUCCAGCCAUUGCCGCCGCAAAGGCGGAGCCACCAGCAACCAAUUGCUCCGGCAUCCAAUCACCCGCGUCAUUGUCCCAAAGAAAAGUGAAUGUGGACACCGACUUCAAGACCAAGCACAGCGUGCCAGCCCUCGAGGUGGUCACUAGACCACCAUACUCCUUGACUUCCCGGCCCUUGGCCAAAGUGUCAGAACUGAAGAAAAGAUUCGAGGCCUAGAAUGUUGAAAGUGAGGAGUCUGUAGCCUCGGAAGAGGAACACCUGUCUGUUUUUUUUUUUUACUUCCGGGGUGAAGUAGUAGCUUCUGUGGCUGCAGGCUACACUAGAGGCCUCUCCCCUGGUGCCGCAAGGCAGCUCUGGGCUUUGAAAGGCACUGGGGGGGAACACCCCAAAGCUCCGGGCAUCAGUAGUGAUUGCUAGAAGCAGAAGUGGGUUCUACUCCUAGUCCCAGUGGAUUGCUGCCUGAC